AUUUAAAAUGCAAUAGAUUCUUUUAUUUACGGGCAAUAUGGAGCCACAACAGGGACAGGCGGAGAGCUUCCAGAACGUCAGUAAUGAAUUCCAGCAGGAGACAAGGACAGAGCCUGGCAUCCAGAAAUUGCCGGCUAACACAUCAUUCUUAGGAGAUAUUGCCGCCGAGAUUGCCGGCAUACAUGGAGCAGACCGGCUGGACUUCAGAAGGGAUCAAGAGAAUGAACCGGAUAUAGAAAAUACCACUGGAUUUGUUAACAUCCAUGACCUGCUCCUAAUGGAAGCUGAUCCCACGCCUGGUGAGCAGAUAACCGAACUAAUCCUGCGUGAUUUCUGCUCCUCCCCGACGUACUUUGAAGAGCAUCAUGAAACCGCCAAUGAAACCUCCCCUUGGUUUCGAUUUAGACAUAAAAAAAUCAAAACCUAUAGUAAAAGACGGAUUCCAAAAGAGGAACCACCACCUGUUACCAUCAAAUACGAAGAGGAGGAGGAGGAUCGCUUAAGCUGUUCAUCUGGACUGUCAGUGCAGGAAGACUUCACAACCCCAGCAACUACUUCGGUGUGCGAAUUAGAUGCCAACACUUCGCAGAAAAUUUGUGAGAAUUUGCUGAAUCUAAGUGAAUACUUCUCUCUGGGUAAUUCCACUUCCAAUUCCAAUAAAUGCCCAAAUAUAGACCUGCCAUCUAAAAAAGAACCCAACCUUGAGGAUUCCUUGGAAUCCAAAGAAGACUUAUGCCCCAUUUCGGAUACUCAAUCGUCAGUUGAAUAUUCUGCCGUUGAGCUGCAGAAUUUUCGAGAUGAGUUACUGGAAAGCGACUAUACGUUCGAGGCCUCCCAAAACUGUGAUAUAAAACCGAGAGGUACGGUUGGUGACACUAUUUUCGGUGAUAUGGAAAGUAUCAAAAAUACAGAUUCCAAAGUCUGCGAAGAUUGGUCUGAGGGAGAUUCCUUUUUGGAGAACAUAAACACCGAACAAAUAUCAUUAAACGAUGAUAAAGGCGCCGAAACGGAAAAUAAAACUAGACCAUCUGAGAUUAAAUCGGAAAACUAUGAAAUAUUGUUACAUGAUAUCCCAAUAACUGAAUGGCAAACGCCAAUGGAUGUUCCAGACGAGAAGAAUAUAGAAUCUAAAGAAUCAGUAAAAGAUGCUUUUCAAAAUAAAGCAAGUUCUACCAAAGACAUCACAGAUACGCAAUUUUUGCAGGAAUUUCCUCUUGAAGACUGGCAGCCAGAUGAGGUUACGGAAUUUGUUGGUUUCCGCACUGCCUCCAACAAACAAAUUCACAUUUCCGAGGAAACAAAACUACGAGCAGCUAAGCUUUUGUCUGAUUUGGACGCAGAGGAUGUUCAGAAGGAAACUGCAACAAAUGUCCCUGAGUUUGUUGGAUUUCGCACCGCCUCAAACAAAGCAAUUAAGAUUUCUGAUGAAACAAAAAAGCGUGCUGCUAAGUUCAUUGCUGAUUUCGAAGCAGAAGAGCAUCAGAAGGAUAGCAGCAAUGAAGACUCUGAAACUAUUAAUGAGUUUGUUGGCUUCCGAACAGCUUCCAAUAAAGCUAUUGCAAUUUCUGAGGAAACCAAACAACGAGCGGCUGCUUUACUAGCUGAUUUGGAAGCAGAGGAUCCACAAAGGGAUACUGGCGAUGGAAAUACUGCAAAAUUGGACGACUUUGUUGGCUUUCGAACAGCCUCAAACAAAGCUAUUGCAAUUAGCAAAGAAAUGGAAACCAAAGGAGCUAAGUUUCUUGCCCAAUUCAACGAGGAAGAGGAAAAGGCUCUAGCUGCAGACACUGAAUUCCUUGAAAGUAUAGCCUUUAGUCAGUGGGAGCCUUUAGAUACCCCAGAUACCGAUACAACCCGCAGGGAUACUAGUAAAGCAAAUGAUAUGGAAAUAAAAGGUACAACGGCAGACGAUAAUACAUCCACUUUUGAAGUUCCUGCUGACCCAUCGAUGAACACCAGCCAAUCGGCAAAUAUUCCCCAGCUCGUUGCCUUCCAUAAGACUUCCUACAAAUUUAUGGAAGUUUCCCAAGAAAUGAGAGUAAAGGGAGAUAAAUUGAUGGCUGAUGUGAUAGCGGGGACACCUAGUGCAUCACGUUCUUUAGAUACUCCAGAGUUUGUUGGUUUUCGAACAGCCUCAAACAGACCUAUCGAAAUAACAGAAGAAAUGAAGAAAAAAGCAGCAAAAUUAAUAGCUGAAGUUGAAGCCAGUGUCCAGUGUAAUAAUCAACAUAAUAUUGAAAAAGAACUAGAAGGUAAUAAUGACUUUGUUGGCUUUCGGACAGCCUCCAAUAAAAACAUUGUUGUAUCGGAAGAAAUGCAAAAAAAAGCUGCCAAGUUUAUGGCUGAGAUUCAGGCAGACGAAAUUCAAGUUAAUGAAAAUCAAAUAACAGCCGAAGCUGAGUUUGUUGGGUUUCGAACAGCCUCAAAUAAAUCAAUUACUGUUUCUGAAGAAAUGAAAAAGAAAGCAGCCAAGUUAAUGGCUGAAGUGCAAGCUGAAGAAGGCAAUUCAAAUAUUCUUAGUAGCAAAAUCAAUAAAAAUAAAGAACAGGCUGAAGUCCAAGUGGAAAGUACAAACCAAUUGGAGAAUAUAGAAAAAACUAAAGUUAUCUAUAUCAUAAGCAAUAAUAAUAAUAUUGAGUGCCAAUCUGACGAGUCAGAUGAAGUUUCUGGCGAGGAAUUCCAAGGCUUCCCAAACAACGAUAUGCAACCAAUUGACCCAUCUGAGGACUUUGUGUUUCCCAGGCAAUCGCAAGUUAAUGUGGAUAUUUCUGACUCGAGAGUAGGAACACCCAAAAAUCGUCGUGAAACCACUGACGGCAUCCCAUCAAGCAAGCGUCGGCGGAGUAAUUUUUCGCAAAAUGAGCAACCAGGUGGCUGUCAGUUGGUCAAGACCACCUCGUGCAACAGUGCACUGUGUACUCCCAGCCAAUCCCAGGAGAUGCACGCAUCGCUGACGCAGCUGGCGAGUCGUUCGCCACUGGAUCACAGCACCAAGACAUCAGUUAUAGCCCGCCGAAACUUACUGACACUGAGCAAGAGACGAAAGCGUAACAGCGCAACAUCUGAAGGUGAUGGAAUCGAUACCCCCUUGAAACCCAAAUUUACUCCAAUGGCAGCAUCCACCAGCACCCCUCUAGCCAAUAAAAACACAAACCUAAGGAAGGAAGCAACCAUAUUGCAACAGAAUGUAGAGGAUAUGUCGCCCAUUUGCAUGCCGCCAAACAAAUCCAGACGACUUGGCUUGAGUCGCAGUCGCUAUUAGAAAUUAUUAUUAGUCAGUCAGUAAUAUUAAUUUCAUAGGCAUGGAUUGCUGGAUGGUCUAUGCUUUGUGUAUAGGAAUAAUUUUAUUUUUUUUAUUAAGGUUAUCUUUAGUUUUAAGCAGAAUAUUCGAGUUUGUUGAAAACAAAUAUAAUAUUGCCAAUUAUUCAUA